AUGGCAGAUGAUGCGAGAGACCCGCUGAUUGAAGCGGCCGUGGAACGGCCUGACAAGGAGGGGAAUAAGCCAGCCUUGCGGCCAACAAGCUCAUCUACAUCCAAGAUCUUCCUUGCCUGCCAUACUGCCGGCUGCAUCUCCCUGGCCAUAGCGCUCGUCUUUGCAGUCGAUGGAUAUAAUGCGAGCGACAGCUCAACGCCACGCUCUGCCAGUGGGAAAUUCCGCUUCCGCGUUUCGGACGUCACGACGCUCAUCUCAGCAGGACUCGUCAUCGUCAAGUUCUUCACCACGGCCUGGGCAGCCAUUGCUGUGUGGAUGUGUGCCUACGAGGUGGUACACAGGACUGAUCCCCAUCUCAAGUCUAAGCAGCUCUCAUUUAUGACCAGAUACAAGCUGCCUCCAUGGCUCAGGCCCCCCUGCAAACUUCCAAAGGGUCUUCGAAACUGGGUAGUUGUCUUUGUUCUGCUCUCUGUCUUUCCUCAACCGUUCACUUCUCCGCUUCUCUCUGGUGCGGUCGACUGGAAUGCAUCCUCCAUCCGUGGAACUGCAUCUGUGCCGGUAAACUCGUCGGAUCCGGCGGCCACAGACGAGUACUGGUACCAGUACGGCAUCGUAAUGACUGAGAGAAUGAGUAUCCUCCGGAUUGCUGCAGGCUAUGCCGGGCUGGCCUGGUCCGACACGUCAGCGGUACAUGAAAAUGGGACCUCUUCCACCGGAAAUGGAUGUCGCCAUGUGGUCAACGACGAUGGCCUACCGGUAAAUUCAACACUGGCAAACUCGACUGUCCCCUGCAUCCAGAUUCAAGACAUUUCCUGGGCAACGUCAGAGGACCAAAUUCCUUCUUUAGUAGCAGAGUACGCUCUAUCGAGCUCCGAGAGCCUGAGCCUAGUCAACGACACCCUCUUCUGGUAUAGAAGCCCUGGACAUGCCACCCUGUACAACACAAGCAACCUUUGGGUCUCGGCAUAUGGUCUUCCGGACGCCACCCUGGUCUCUGGAGCCCUCAGCCUGGGUCUCGUGAUCGGACACAACUACAGUGGCUGCGAAAAUCUUGCACCAAAUAGCUUUGGCGAUAUCGGAAGACUCCCACAGUACAAGUAUCACUGGGCGAUUGGCAUCUGCCUCGUAUUUGCCAACGUGACCCUGAGCGCCGGCGUGACAACCAGCGCAGAAAGCCGAUACAUCUCAUCGCGAGUCGUUGAGGAUCAGACGCCCAUUGAAGAUGUCGUCCUGCGCGAGAGUGUCUGGACACAAAAUGCACUCUGGCUUCUCCCAGAUCUCAUGACCCUGGUGUCGACCAUGAACUCCACCUCACUCUCGACGUGGGACAACCUCGAUCUGUACGCAGAGAAUCUGAUCCGCCAAAGUUAUCUCGCCGCAUGGGACAGUUUUCAGCACACGUACGAUACAGAUUGGGCUGUUUCAUAUGCAACACCACGGGAAGCCACUAUUAAAGCGACUGUCUCCAAGAUUCGUGCAUUUUCGUGGCUAGCUAUCUCGUUGCUUCAGACUGUCGGUGUCACGCCGUCGGUCGUGCUAUAUACCGCCAUUACGGAACACGGGCCAUACACAGGGCCCUCUCCGCUGACGACUGGAGCGGUCUCGACAGUAGUGCUGGCGUCGUCGGUUCCAGCGGCCCCGCCAGCAGCGGAUGCUUACGAGUACCCGGCAGAUGGAAAGCUGCACAGCAACGAGCCGGUGCCCUUCACGCCGAGUGGUGGCGUAGGGACGAACGGAUCUGCUCCGGUGUACCGGGUGCAGAGCGACUUUGACUAUCAGUCGCUGGCGCUGACGCUGUACCAGGAGUGGAUCGAGCUGGACCUGUUCCACUGGGGCCUGGCCCAGUUUUCGGUCGAGGACUUUGAGGCCUACGGGCUGAACGCCGAGGACCGCUUUCUGCUGCAGCACAUGGCAGACCAGGAAGUAGGACACGCGACGGUGGUGGCGAACCUGCUGGGGGCGCAGGCACCGCGUCCCUGUGCGUACAGCUAUCCGGUCAGCAACGUGCCCGAGUACGUGGAUUUUAGCCAGAAGCUGACGCGCUGGGGCGAGGCCGGCGUGUAUGGCUUCCUGCCGCACCUGAACUCGGGACCGGCGGCACAGCUGCUGCUGCAGAGCAUCACGGUGGAGGCACGGCAGCAGAUGAUUCUGCGGCAGUUUGGCGGUCAGUUCCCGAUGCCAGAGUGGCACACUGUCGGCAUUCCGCAGAGCUGGGCCUGGUCGCUGCUGGCGCCUUAUAUUGCGAGCUGUCCGGCUGGCCAGACACGGCUGGUGUGGCAGAACUUCCCGGCGCUGCACAUACUCAAUCAGCCGAAUGCGGCACGCAUCAACGGCACCGACGUCUGGAACGAGACGACGGGCGGCUGGGCCAACACGCUGUCGACGGCGAACGUGUCGGCGCACGAGCUCUGCGUCAACGCCACGGGCACCGGCUUCAACUGUCACCCGGCCAUCACGCACAAUCGCAGCAUCCCGCUGUCGUACGCAGGCCGGCAGGUGUUUCUGCAGUGGGACGCGGCUGGUCAGAAGGUGGGCCCCAACAACAGCUACGUCACGUCGACAAACGUCAAGCAGCCACGGUUUGCCGCCUGGACAUCACAGCUCAACGUCACGUACACGCCGCUUGUCAACGUCAGCCUCGCCGACCGCACCGCCUACACGUUCCAGCCAAACGCUUCGACCUGGGCUGGCGAUCCGCAGGUCAACGGGACCAUGUUUAUCGUCCUCACAGACUUGGAUCUGCACGUCACGCCAUACAAUUUAACCGCACUCAAUCCUCACGUGGCGGCAAUUGCUGUGUACCAGGCGGGCUGA